AUGAUCGAGAUUCAAGCAUCCACACCACCAGAUUUUGAUACAUGGUUUCCUAUGACAUCUUGUCCUCUGGGUAUAUGCCAAGUUCUAAACCGGAAGAAGUCCGAUCUUGGUCACAUUCGCCUCGAAUUGGAGUUCUACAGCAAUAGGAAUGACUUGCUUUUUUUUACAUGUAAAAAGAGAGAUACUUCAGCGAAACAGAUUAUUCAGAAGCAUGGAGACAUUCCUGGGGUUGAGAAUGUGAGGAUCUAUACUUACAAGGAAUUGAGAAGUGCCACUGAAGAUUUUUGCCUUACUAAUAAAAUCGGUGAGGGAGGUUUUGGUUCUGUGUUUAAGGGAAAGCUUAAAGAUGGGACAGUUGUUGCUAUAAAGGUGCUCUCCUCUGAGUCAAGACAAGGAGUACGAGAAUUUUUGAAUGAACUCACAGUGAUCUCCAGUAUAGUGCAUGAAAACCUGGUUACGUUGUAUGGUUGCUGUGUGGAGGGAGAUCACAGAAUUCUAGUCUACAAUUACCUUGAGAAUAAUAGCCUUGCACAAACUCUUCUUGGUGGAGGCCGCAGUGACAUUCAGUUCAGCUGGAGAACACGAUGUAAGAUCUGUAUUGGUGUCGCUCGAGGGCUUGCAUUCCUUCAUGAAGAAGUCCGGCCCCAUAUUGUGCAUCGGGAUAUUAAAGCAAGUAAUAUUCUUCUUGAUAAGGAUCUUACACCUAAAAUUUCAGAUUUUGGUUUAGCAAAGCUUUUGCCAGCAAAUAUGACCCAUGUCAGCACUAGGGUGGCAGGGACAAUAGGGUAUUUGGCACCUGAGUAUGCAGUACGUGGACAAUUGACAAGGAGGGCUGAUAUUUACAGCUUUGGUGUUCUUCUAUUAGAGAUAGUUAGUGGAAGAUGUAACACAAACACAAGAUUACCUUAUGAAGAUCAAUUUCUCCUUGAGAGGACAUGGACACUAUAUGAGCGCGGUGAGCUGGUGAGAAUUGUAGACACCUCCCUGAAUGAUGACUUUGAUGCUGAAGAGGCGUGCAGGUUCCUGAGGGUUGGCCUUGUAUGCACACAAGACAAUCCAAAACUCCGUCCCUCUAUGUCUACUGUUGUCAAAAUGAUGACGGGUGAGAAGAAGGUUGACCUGGAGAUCACAAAGCCUGGCCUAAUCUCAGACUUCAUGGACCUCAAAGUAAGAAACCACAAGAAGGCUGGUGAAGAAAAUGCAUCUCUUGGCUUGACUCCACUGGAGGGUUCAUCCUUAUCCUCAGGGAGCUCCACACAUGCAACUGUGUCCUUCACCGCAAUAACAGAUCGUAGUGGAAUGUCCUUCAAUCAACAGAUCAAAGAAAAAAAUUAAGGUUAAAAAAAAAAAAAAGAAGAGGCUUUUAGUGUCAAGUGUUACUGAUAGAUCUCAUGUAAUACUUGCAAUUUUGUUAUGUUGGUGUGUUUCUUGUGGAUUUAAGUAUGCAAACUUGUAUAUAUGCAGACUUUAAAUUAGAACUGGGAAACUCAUGGGAGUACAGAAAACUAGUAGGAAAUACUAGUGAUGUAAGCAUUAAUUUUUUCAUUGAUUUAUAUGACUACUGAUUAUCCAGUUCAUCA